CAAAAAACAAAAAAACAAAAAUAAUAAUAAUAAUAACAAGAAGAAGAAGAAAAAAUAAGCGCAAUGCAUAAUGAUGCAAUUGAUGGCAAAAUUAGAAUAAAAAUUUAAAAAAAAAAUAAAAAUUGAAUUCUCACAAUUAAAUUAUAAUUAAGAAAUUAUCUUACGAUAUUUAAAUCCAAAGACAAAAUCGUGUAAAACACUACUCACGUCGAACGUUGCGAGCUUGUUAAGUUAAAUAUAAUAAAAUUAAUAAUUAAUUAAGUCCUUAAUUAAGAAAUUGAAAAAAGAGAAAAAAACAAAAAUAAAUAAAUAAAUUUUAUAUGCAUUAGAAAGUUUCUUCUACGAUAGACAUCGAGCAUCAAACAAAAUGCUUGAAAGCUAAAAAAAAAUCCUAAUCGUUUCAAUAACUGUUUUAUUAACGAGCAAUAAAGUGAGCGAAAGCAAAAGCCGUCGGCAAAAAUGCAAGCUACAAAAAUGCGUACUCCGUUCGCUAUACAAGAAAUUCUUGGCUUAGGUGUGGGUUCGGCAGCAGCAGCUGCUGCAGCAGCUGGUUAUCCUCAUGCUGCUCAUUUGCAACAUCAUCACAAUUUGCCACCCACAUUGACUGCACCGUCAACGCCGCCAUUGCCACCGUCAGCUUUAAAUUCGAAUGCCGCAUCGCUUAAUAUAACGGAAACCCGCUUAAAUACUGUAACACCACCAUCAUCAUUAACGCCCAAUAAUGAUUGUAACACGGCAUCAAUAUCUCCUGGGUCUACAACGCCAAUACGUUUACGUGACGCACGGUCUAUGUCACCUGAUGUGACACGUUUAUCUGCUGCAGCCGCGGCAGCUGCUGCUGCUGCUCAUGUUCAAUUGCCUGUAUUUAAUCCGGCCAAUUUUUAUGCUGCCGCUGGUUAUACGGCUGCUGCAGCGGCUGAUCACGCUACUGGCGGCCCCCUAAAUGCGGCCGCUCAUCAUCAUCAUAUGACCACUUUGGCAGCUGCCGCAUAUUUACGAGGCUUUUUACCGCCGGGCUUUAGCACACCCCAUGAAUUUCGUGGUCACUUUCAGCAACAUUUCGGUUCGCAAUUUGUCGAUCAAGCCGUACGCAUUAAUUCGGAAUACAAUGCCAGCUUAAAUAAUAAUAAUAAUAAUAAUAAUAAUAAUAAUACUAGUAAUAAUAAUAAUAAUAAUAAUAAUAAUAAUGAUGAGAAUUCACCCAGUAAAUCGAGUACUACUUCGAUUAGUAGUAAUAAUAAUUCUUCAUCGCCUUCCUCAUCUUCAGCAUCGACGUCAGCAAUUAUAAAUUCAAAUAAUUUACCAAAUAGUAGCAAUGCUUCCGCACAUCCUACACUAUCGCCGGCCGAGCAUGCAGCGGCAGCUUUAGCUCAUCAUGCAGCAGCUGCGGCCGCUGCCCAUCAUGCUCACGCUCAUAAUCAGCAUCAUCAUCAUCAUCAUCAUGGUCAUCCACAUCAUUUGGCCGGACAUCAUCCAGCCAACGCUCACAGCCAUCAUAAUCAUCAUCAUCAUCAUCAUCAUCAUAGCAAUGUUGCCGCACACGAGGCUUUCUUAAAUAGUGCCACAAAUAAUCCAGCAAAUGGCCUACUUGGCCACCCAGCCACCGGGCCCGAUGGCGUACUACUCGCUCCAGCGGGCAGUGGCAAAAAGAAAAAUAAACGUCGUCACGGCCGCACAAUUUUUACGAGCAAUCAACUUGAAGAACUCGAAAAAGCAUUUAAAGAUGCCCAUUACCCAGACGUGAGCGCCAGAGAAUUACUAUCGAUGAAAACUGGCCUAGCCGAAGAUCGGAUACAGGUUUGGUUCCAAAAUCGUCGGGCCAAGUGGCGUAAAACUGAAAAAUGUUGGGGUCACAGCACUAAAAUGGCCGAGUACGGCCUUUACGGAGCGAUGGUUAGACAUUCACUGCCAUUACCUGAAACUAUUAUUAAAUCUGCCAAAGAGGAUGAAUCUGUGGCACCUUGGCUGCUUGGCAUGCAUAAGAAAUCGCUAGAAGCGGCUGAAGUUUUAAAAUCGGAUGAAAGCGAUCGUGAAACUCCCACCUCCGAUGAUACAAAUACCUCAUAUUCGGCGGGCAGUACCCAUAAUUCACCAAUAUCAUCGUUUUCAAUAUCGCGUCUAUUGUUCGAUAAUAGUCAUCAUCAAAAUAGCAAACAUCAUAAAGGCUCACAAAUCGGUCAUAAUUUGAAUGGUAAUCAGCAGACAGCAGCCAAUGCACACGAUAUGUUGACGGCAGCAGCGGCUCAUCAUAGUGUUAUGCAACAUCAUCCUUAUAAUCAGCAGCAACAUUUGCAUCAUUUACAACAGUUGCAUCAACAGCAUCAACAUCAUCAGCAACAACAGCAACAACAUCAGCAUCAAUUAAUGAUGGCCGAGGCUGCCGAAAUGCAAAGAAGACGUCAACACGAAGAACAAUUGCAAAAAGAUCGACAACAACAACAACAACAACAACAACAGCAACAGCAACAAUUAUCACAUAAACAUUACGAUGUAGAAAAUGAUGAGUUAAUGUGUGAUAACGACGACAACGACGAAGAUGAUUGUGAUAAAGAAGAAAUCGAUAUCUGCGAUGAUAAUGAAGAUGAGCGACGCGAGCAAACGCAACGAGCAGAGAAAUUGUUAAUGCUGACCGAGCAACAACAGCAGCAGCAACAACAGCAGCAGCAGCAACAAUUGCUUGCACAGAGCGCAGAUAAACGAAUAAAAUGUGAAAAUCAAGACGAUAGAUGAAAUUUAUUUAUUGACAUUUUAAUGUAAGAUAAUUCCCCAUAAGCAUAAAUAAUAUAUCAAAUAGUUAGGGCAACCAACUAACCGAUACUCAUCCGUUUAUCAAAUUAUUAUAAUGAAAUAAAAUUAAAUAAAUAAAUAAA